AUGCGCCAUUGCCUGUCCCCGCCUGCCUGUGUGUCCCUGCCCUGCCCACCGCUGUCCCACCCCCUGACAGCUUCCCGCUGCCCAACAUUCACCUCUUCCUCCACCCCUCUGACACCUUCCUGCUGCUCUCCCUGCCCUGCCCAACACCCGCCUCUUCCUCCAUCCCCUGACACCUUCCCCGCUGCUUUCCCUCCCCUGCCCUGUCCAACACCGGUCGCUGACGCCUUCUCGCUGCUUGACAAUACCCCUGGCGGCACUCCAAGACUGACCCUCACAGAGAAUCUGGCGCCACACUUCAGGCGAGGGAAGCAGCUAUACUCAUACAACACAACACAAUCACAUUAA